AUGUGCAGAUUCCUAAUAUACAAAGGCCGAAAUGACAUCCGUCUCAGCAAGCUGAUCACAGAACCGAGUCAUUCAAUCCUCACACAGUCCUACGACUCGCGACUGAGAUUGGACAACCGCCGUCCGGUAAACGGCGAUGGCUUCGGGGUCGGCUUCUACACGGACCCCGAAUUAGGCCGCGACCCCUGCAUCUUCACCUCAACCCUCCCGGCAUGGAAUUGCGAGAACCUCGAACGACUCGCCUCGAAGACCUGCUCGAGCCUGAUAUUCGCGCACGUCCGCGCAACCACCGAAGGCACGCUCUCCGAUAACAACUGCCACCCGUUCCAGCACCAGACCUUGAUGUGGAUGCACAACGGCAGCAUUGGCGGAUGGAAGUACGUUAAACGGACACUGGCCGACUCGCUAGCGGAUAAGUGGUAUUUGGGUGUCAAUGGUGGGACGGAUAGUGAAUGGGCCUUUGCGCUGUUCCUUGAUCUAUUGGAGAAGGAGGGCGUGGAUCCUAGUUCGGAUCCGGGGCCGGAGGGUUUUGGCCAGGCGCUUUUGCGGAAAGUGAUGAUGAAGACGAUUGCGAAGAUUAAUGAGUUUAUUGCGGAGAUUCCUAAGAAGCAUAAUGUUUCUGGGGUCGAGACGCGGAGUUUGCUCAACUUCGCGGUGACGGAUGGUCAUACCGUUGUUUGCACACGGUAUAUCAGCAGCAAGACGGAUGAGCCUGCGAGCUUGUACUUCUCCUCCGGUACUAAGUGGAAGGAGGGCAAGGAUAAGGGACACUUCAAGAUGGAGCGUCAUGAUAAAGGCGCGGAUAUCGUCCUUGUGGCCAGUGAGCCCAUUACAUUCGAGAGACACAACUGGGUCUCCGUCCCCACAAACUCCGUCAUCACAAUCCACAAACAAACCGUCCUCCUCCACCCCAUCCUGGACGAAUACUACGGCGAAGACAUAACCCAAGACCGCUCAUCCUGCUACGCCGUAUCCAAGGGCCUGGUCAGCACCGCACCAGGAACAACCGUACAACCAGGCGCAGAUGAACCUCGCAGCGUGGAGCCUACGAGUGACGGGCCGAGACUCGAUGAUGUUAACCGGGGGUUGUCGCAUUUGCAGCUUGCGGGUCAGACUGGGGUUGCGACACAGUGUGCGGUGUCGCAUUGA